AUGAGCGACCAAAAUCACACGAAAAAUGUGGCAUCUUUGGCCGUCAUCGACUACGAGGCUCUUGUUAACAAGGAUGCCGCCGAGAUACAAAAGCUAGUUCAUGCUGGCCAGGCAGUAGGCAUGUUCUAUCUCGAUCUCCGAGGCGCUCGGACGAGAGCCAUCUUUGAAGAUAUGCCAAUCAUCUUUAAAACUGGCAAUGAGUUCUUCAACCUCCCGCCCGAUUGCGUGGAAAAGACUGAGAGCCUUCGAACAGGCAUGGAGCGAGGAUAUCAUCCUAGUAAAACCUUCGAGGCGUACGAAAUUCCCCGGGAUGAAUACGAAUCUGGGAAAUGGGUUCUACCUUCUACAUUCGAACCCCAACAAGAACGCAUCACGCGUACGAUGAGAGCCUUCCAUGAAGCAGUGCAAACAGUCCUUACCGAGCUUUGUGCAAGCGUAGGUGUAACCAUCCCUGAGCUUGUCAAUGACUUCACAAUUCCAAGUGACACGGCCCUCAAGCUGGUAUUCAAACCUCCAAUUCAUGACGCUGGAAAAGUGAUUAAUGGGGCCCACACUGAUUUCGGUCUGGCCACGCUGCUUUGGUACGAUGAAGAAACCACACAGAUUCCCGUCUACGAUGAGCAGGGCAAGCAAACAGAUGUAUGGCAAACAAUUCCAGUGGUAGAGGGUUCUGUCCUCAUCAAUGUUGCCGAUGAACUGGCCGCCAGAUCCAAUGGUCGUUUGCACUCAACUGUGCAUCGUGUGGUGGCACCGCCUGGUGCGAAAAGGGGCGCUUCUGUGCCUGCCUCCUAUGAAGGCGAACAGCUAGCUUUCGACGCCCGAGUCGUUUCGGUUCUAGCGUCGAAAUUGCCAGAGCGACUUACUCUGGAGCUUAGGACCGAUGAAGGGAUCACAAAAGCCAAUGUUGAAUCCAAAUCGCUCGAUGAGACGACGUGGGAGAAGUUAAAAGGACUAAAUCCCGAGUCCCUCGUCCAUGUCACCGGUCGCAUAUCUUUGUUGGGUCCCAAGGUUGUAUACGGUGACAACCAUGCGACUGCGAAAAAAGAAACCGCCGCUACACUCACCGUGACCGACCUGACCAUAGUCGCACAGGCAUGUCCGAAUCUGCCCUCACUUAAUACAAACGAGCUUGAUCUCGGAGAACGACUCAACAAUCGCAUCUUAGACUUACGGAAUGCAGGAAAUGGAGCCAUAAUAAAGCUUCUUUCGCAAACGUGUCAAUUGAUAGUCGAAUUUCUUAGCUCCAAUGGAUUCCACUGGAUUCACACGCCACGUAUAAUCAGUCACACAGUUACAGGAGAUGAAGAAUACUUUCACCUACCUUACUUUGGAGGCGAUGCGUGGCUGGCACAGAACUCUCAGUAUCAAAAUCAGACGGUUCUUUCCAUGGAUAUGCAACGUAUUUUUGACAUCGGCCCAGCGUUCCGAGCGGAAAAAAAGUCCCGUGCCUCCGGUAGACAUUUGACCGAGUUUACUUGUCUAGGCACGGGUAUGAUGUUCCAAGAAGAUUACCAUGAGGUAAUGGACAUGAUGGAAUCCAUGCUCCUUUUCGUGUUCAGAGGGCUCCAAGAACGCAAACAAUGUCGAGACCUCAUUGAAUCUGUCAAAAAGUACUAUCCUGCCGCAAGAGAGUUUCGUAUUGGCCUCGACAAGCAUGGGAAGGUGCCUCGUAUCUCUUUCAUGCAGGCAAAGCAGUUGCUACGAGAAGAGCUUGGCAUGAACGCAGAUGAUAAUCAAGAUCUCUCUGAAGUAGAGGAAGCUGCCCUUGGCCGUCUUUUUCGCACGUCUCCUCAUCUUGGACAGACAGACGUGUUCACGAUUGACCAGUACCCAGCGUUCUGUCGCCCUUUCAACUCACACCCAAGUCCGGGUUCCACGGGGCUCACGAACGCCUGGGAUACUAUUGUGGGCGGGCGAGAGGUCUGCUCAGGGAGUCAGCGCAUCAACAGAUACGAGGAGGUUAGGAGUGCAAUGGCUAACGCUAAUAUAAGCCCGGACAGCAAGGAGUGGGGGCCAUAUCUAUCCGCUUUCAAGGCCGGCAUGCCUCUUCAUGGAGGAUUGGGUCUCGGGGUCAAUCGGCUGCUUCAGGGAUUUCUUGGCCUAGAUGACGUGCGUGAAGUCACGCUGUAUCCAAGAGAUGCGAAUAGAACAGCACCAUAG